CCUCAUGGCGCCCAUCCCGCCGCUCCACAUCCAGCAGCAGCUAGUCAACAACUUGGACCACGAGCAGAUCAGCCCGCUUGAACCACUGCCCAACCACCUCCAUCCGCUCAACACCCACCGCUUGAGCCACUCGUCCCAGUCGAGCGAUCUCUCGAGCCCGGUCAACAGUGUCAAGUCCGACCAGGCCACCGAGUCGUUUCGAAGCAGCUGUUCCCGCUGCAAAAAAGAGUUUGACCAGCCCAUCAUCAUUCCGCAGGCCGCCGCCGGCUCCAAGCCGUUGGUGGAGCCCAAGAUAUAUAAACUCUGCCAGCACUGCCGGGACUUGCAACGCCAUCGUAGUCGACGUUGGCAGAAGAAAACAAAGGAAAAACACGGCGCUUGUCGAAGAUGUGGUGCUGAAAUCCCUCCCGAUGAACAGAAGUUUGUCUUGUGUCCCGGUUGUAGAGCCAAUCUACGAACAAGAAAGGCCAAUCGGGCGGCCCAGGGCAAAUGCGUCCACUGCUCCGGGCCCUUGGACGCUUCCAUCAUUACUGGUAAUGAAAAGGACUCUUCAAAUCCCUCGCAGAGAACAAGUUACAAGGUUUGCCAACGAUGUAGAGAAAAUGACAAGAUUAGAAGAACUAACUUGGAAAAAAUGGGUAAUUGUAAUCGUUGUGCUAAAUCGUUGGAUCCAAUCGAUCACGGCAAACAUAAGGUCUGUUCCAAUUGUCGGAAUCGUAAGAAGAAAUUAAAUCAAUCAAAUUCAAAAUCUCCCAAUAUCCCGCUACACCAACCGUUGGUCCAACCAAUCCAACUGGUCCAAGUCCACCACUUGCAACAAGCCCAGCUAUUGGCCCAGGCCCAAGUACAGGCCCAAGUCCAGGCCCAGGUCCAGGCCCAGGCCCAAUUGCAACUCCAGGCCCAAGCACAACUCCAGGCCCAACUACAACAACAAAUGUUGGACGGGAAUAUCCACUACAACUUGGACCAGCAGUACUUACCCCAGCCUGUGUUCAUGCCCGCGGCUCCCACCUCAACUACAACUUCGGCACCUCCUCCUACCGACCAGGUCUUACUCCAACCCCAACAACAGUUGAUGAUGCAAAAUCGCUUUCGCAAUAACUCAACCAACCUAACCGACUUUGGCAAUAGCAUGGCCGUUAGCCAACAUCCCUCCAUAGCUCCUGGCACCUCCGGCCAGUAAUAUAUAGUUUGUUAAUAAUAAAAGUUUGCA